AGACUGUAUCGCAACCAAUCACAACUUCUGAAUUCCUGCAUGACAUCAUGAGCCCGGCCUCUGAAACUUUUGUUAUUUUUUCUCCACCUACUUCAAUUGUUCCCACAAACUUGGUGACAGACUCGGACAAGUUGCCAGAGAUCUCCAGACAAUUUCCCACAACUCAGAGCACACAAUUCUAUAAUUCACUAAUAAUCAACAACAGAGGUGGGCGACAACAGUCAUGGAGGAUUAAGGCAGAAGAAGCUGAACCAGCGGAAACUGCAAUCAAGAGUCAGUUGCAAGCACAAGAGGGCAGACCUGUGAAGAGCAUGGAUCUUGCUAACAACCGAGGACUCAACUUGCUACUCAAUUUCUUGCUUAUUGUCAUGGUGCUGGUGCUUGUGUUUAUUCUUGUGAAACUCAUGUGAACCCACGUACAAUCGCAUGUUCCUGAAAUGAUAACUUAGCACUUCAAAGUAUCUGAACUUAAUAUGCAACGCUGUACAGACAGAGAAAUGUCUAACAGGAUACAACCAACACACAUUCAAAUAUCUAUCUUCCAGCAAAAACAGAUCUUAAAAGAUAAGCAUAAUGAUCUAUCUGCCAUUAGAAAGAGAGAGUGAAUAGUUCCUUGCUGGCUACGAAAGGAAACCGUAUCUAGGCUGACACCAAUCUUGUCACUGGUACAGAACAUUUACUUUAAAUAUCUAUAAAACAGACUGCAGCUUUUCAGGAGUAUAAUCUUUGCAAAGAGGACUGCAGAAAUAGGGAAUCUCCACAGAUCAGCUUCUAUGCAGAAUGUGAAACACAGACAAGCCAGAAGGGCAGAAAACAUGACUAAAGAAAUUGACAGCCAGUUUCAAGUAACUUCUGGAAAGGGAAACAAAAAUAAGGUAGGUAUUCCCUAAAGAAGGAAUACCUACCAAGCAGUUACAGGAUUUGACAAGCAAAUAAAGUUCAAAUAUGAAAGCAUAGUGUAGCUUUUUAGGAGAUGUACCAUCCACCGCACCGUCUAAGAAGUGAGAAGCCAUUGCUAUUAUGCAUCAGUAUUCAAAGCAGUUAGAAAUUCACCAAAUGGUGAGCUUGACAUUUUGAGCAGACAAUUAAUUACAAGAGAUUGUAAAACAGGCUACUAUCAAG